AUGAGCUCAAACCGCCGCAAUUACGGAAGGCCACGAAGAGAUCGCAACAAUGGUGGCUCCAACGGCGGAAAGCGCAACAAGUCUGUUUUUUUAUUAUUGGUUUUUCUUAAAAAAUCUUUCUUUUUUUGAAUUAACACUGAAAAACCUAUCCUAAAAAAACGAAAAAAAUAUUAGCCUAUGCGUUUUUUUAGUGAAAAACUUUAGAAAAAUGCUUUAUUUUAUUUUUGAAUCUGGUAAAGCAAAUUUAUGUGCGCAGUUCCUGUUCGGAAAUUGAAGUUAGGUGCAAUUUUUGGAAUUUAGCAGUUUUAUUAUUUUUCAGAAUAUUUUCAUUCUUCAUAUAACCUAAUUUGGAUGUGAAGCGAGAAUUGUUUUUAAACACUUAUUUUUAGAUUCCGAUAUUGUUCUCAAUUUUAUAUUUUGAAGCUGGCAGCAGGGCAGCUACACGGACACUUCUGCUACCAUGUCUGUGACGUCAUCCACCAGCUCUGGACCUGGCGCCAUCACUUCCGACGUUUUUUUCGAGACCGACGAAGACAUCACGGCUGAUGUCAACGGCGGACUUCAGGUAGGGACUAUCCAAUGUCGGAAUCCAAAAAAUAAAGGCUUGCAUGUCCCUUUGUCCUUAAUUUUGUCCGUUGUCUUCACGUUCGACAUGGUUGGGCAUCAAAUUUAUUCGAAUUUUUCUCAGAAGAGCGCGCUUUCUGUUUUCAUUUUCUUCUUCAUCUUCAAUAUUUAUUUUCUAUUCAUUUCCAUUUUUAUUUUUCCUGUGCCAUAUGAAUGAUGACAUAUUGUAAAGGUGGUCUUCAGGAGUAUAAUGGGAAAAAAAUAUUAAUAUUUGACAUGAGGAGUGAGUGGUUGAAAGUCGUUUUUAGAGGGAAUUGUAUCGGAGCAAAUAAGAGAUAUAAAUCUAAAACCAUUAAAGUUCUUUCAUCUAUAAAAAUGAGUAAAGUUCGCGCUGGCAAAUCGGAAAUCAUUUUAAAUCGCAUUUUUCGCCAUAGUUUUGAAUGAAACUCUAGAGAGUGCCAUUUUUUGUGGCUUUCAAACAGAGAAAAAACUUACCAGAUAAUGUGUUCAAAGUGAUUUCCGCGAAAUGCAAAAUUAUCUCUGACUCUCCAAGAUUUUCUUUUUCUGACGGCUAUUUUGCAUUUCGCGAAAUCACUUUGAAAACGCCACAAGAUUCCGAUUUACGUGUAUCAGAUAACACUUUGUGCGCUCUUUUGGAAAAUGAGAUCAAUUUGAUGGCUUCAUUUCUUCGUAAACUCGGCCCCACGGCUCCUGUCGUCGUUCACAUUCUGCACACUCACAAUCUAACAUUUCCGCAAGAGAAUUAUCGGAAUAACAAUAACCAAAACAUGGCCUACUACCGACGUCAAAUGUCGAGUGAUCCAACCUGUGGCACUUGGAAUCAAUUCCAUCACCCCUAUGAAGAGGAUUCUCUGCCUUCGACGCCUUCGCCAUUUAAUUCGAUGUUGCUCCCCUUGUCGCCGCUUCCGAUCAACGCCAACACCGUUUUCUGUGGACCAGCGAUUUUUCAGCGCGGCUCUCUUCAUUCUCUCUACGGAAGCGCCCGAGAGCUCAACCAUUUCAACACGUUCAAUUCGUUGUAUCGGUCGCAAAAUUUGAUGGACCUCGUCAAUGUGACGGAGCCAAAUUGGCGGGACCGGACUUCGUCGGUUUCGUCGAGCAACUCGUCUCGCGACCCCUUUUUCCCUUAUUUGAAGAAGGUUUGACUUUGGGGGUUUUCUCGGACUCGACAGAGAAGUUGGACUUGAAAAAAGAAGUAGGAGGGUAAUGAAGAGAGAAGAUUUGGGAAUACGGAUUUGAAGGAAUUAAAUUUUACGAGUAGUAGAAUUAGAAUGAAAACACAUUUAUUGGGAAGCUUGGAACUGUUUAUUUUAGAAGUAUUUAUAUUUUUUUAAGCGUGAAAUUUUUUUAAAAAUCAGGAUUUUUAAGAAAAAGUGGUACCGAAAAAUCAAUGGGUUGAAGAGAAAAUGGAGAAAUCAAGUUUUUUUGGAAAGUUUUUUUAGCCAGUUUUGAAAUGAGAGAGCUUUUACGAAGUUCUAGAAAAAAAGGGGAGCGAAGUAAUUUUUUUAAUAAAACUCAGUCUGAGAUGGUGUAAUGAGACAUUCAGGCAUAUUGAUUCAAAAAAAAUGCUAAGUUAUAUUAUAAAAUAGAAAAGUUGUUUUUCCAGUGUGGUUUAAUGCUUUUAGCUUUUAACGGUUUUUCAACAUGAAAUUUUUUUCUAAUACCUUCUUAUUUCCUUAAAAACUAUUGUUUUCCAUAAGUUUUUCUUUAUGAUAUUCCUUCGGAAUGAGCUUUGUAAACUUCAGACGAAGCUUUGCGAUCACUGGAAAAGGAAUAAUGAAUGUGCCUACGGCGAUGAUUGUUGGUAUGCGCAUGGACUGCGAGAGCUCCGCCAACCUGUCCGUUUCUCUUAUUUUUCAUCGUUUUGAUGGGGUUUUUGUAAAGUUACAGCCAGCCCAUUCUGGAUUCCUCGGCGAUUUUUUCCCGUCGGCGGCGCCGACUUUGCAGCCGCUCAUGUCCGUGGGAGUGAAUGAGGCGGUCAGCAUGAACCGUCUUCAGCAGCAUUUCCGCUCCGACGUACUUUUAUUUCGAGAAAAUCUUUAUUAUUUUGCUUGUUUUUUGGUGUCCUCUAAGUGUUUUAUGAGCUGGAGUUUAGCGCAGGAAAUAUAAGCCGAAAAACUUAAAUUUUUUUGCGCGAAAGUCCUAUGCCUGAUCGUUUUUUUAUCAUUAUUAUUAAUUAAUUAAUUUUUUUAGAUGGAAAAAUGUGAAUCCCGAGGAAAUGAACGCCAUGCUGCAGGCCGCUGCCGCAGCCGCUAAUCAUCGGCCCGUUGGUUUUAGGAUUCUAUUGGAAAAAUUUCAAAAAAGUUUUUGGAGUAGAUUUGACUGUUGUAUUGGCUCAAAAAUCUGUUUGAAAAAAAUUAUUUUCGAAGGACGUUUUUUAAUUGAAAACUCGGUCUUAUAAUGGGAAUUUUUCAAAAACAAGAUGGAUCAUUUUUUUCUACACUAUUAAAGGGAGGAAUAAUUUUUAAGAGGUAGUUACUAAAAAAAAAAGUUAUCGAAAGAAUUGUGUAGGAUUGUAACAAUGAGAUAACAAAGUUUGAAAAGAUUUUACUAGAAUUAGCCCGUGAGAAGUUAAGUCAGUUAUUUGAAAGCUUUCUCCAGGAAAAGUUUUUUUGAAAUCUGUCCCUUUAUUAAGAACGGCCGGGCGACGACGAACGUCAACGGUCUAACGCUGCCGACGAACAACAACAACAACAGCACGCCGUGGAGCAUGGUUUCUUCGGAGGAAGCGCCGCUUUCGCCGGCUCAGGAGCGCUGGGUCUCCAUGUCGCAAGACGGCGUCCGACGUUUCGGCGGCGCCGAACCGUCGCUCUCCGCUCAGUCGCAGAGCAACGAAAAAUUCCAGUUUGACGCUCACGCUCUGGUCCGUAGUGGUGUUGAGUUUUGCGAAGAAAAUGAGAAAAUUUCGCAAAAGUGCGGUUAAAAAAAUGUUCCGAAAUUGGUGUAAAAAACAAGGUGCUUGAGGAAGAAAUGAGUAAACAUAAAAGGUCGCAUUAAAUAGUAGCAAAAAAAAUGAUCAAGAAAUAUUCAAAAAUUGAUUUUUACAAGAAAACCCAAAGCUUUUCCGGUUCAAAAAAAAACGUAAGCAGGGAUUUUUUCAGUUCUUUCAAAGUUAACAGCAAAAAAUCUUCGAACAAUAUUCAACGAAAAGUGCGAUUUUUGAAUCGGAGAAAUUGUUUCACUUCGAUUUAUUCGUUAUCUUGGACUUUCAAAAUAUUUAUGGUACUUGGGAAAUUGAAAUGAAACUGAAUUCAGCAGAGUUCAUGGAUAAAUUAGACGCAAAUUUAACUCUAGAGAGUAUUUUUUGCCUUAAAACUAUGAUGAAAAAAAAAAGGAAGACGAAGACUACAGUGAAAAUAUUCAGAACCAGCAAUCGCACGAGUAUGGAACUCAACCGGAAGAAGAUGUCGUGAACCGCAGCCGACGAUUCCGUCAGCCCUACUCGACUGACUACAACAACUCUGGUCACAAUCCGACUCACCCCCCUAGUGAUUAUUUAUCAUUUUGUAUAAUAUUAUCAUUUUUCACGGAAAAAAAAGUAUUUUUUUUUACAUCUGCUAUUAAUGAUUUUUAUGUUUCCCAAUGCUGAAUUUGCCUUAUUCUAGGACCCCCAAUGCAAUUUUUCGGCGAGCGUAGCGGUUUUUCUCGUCCCGCUCGCUCCAACUCGUCGAUCAACUCGAGAAAUGCCCUCGAAGCACAAAUUCGCAAUGAGGUGGAGAUGAAGCGUCUGAACUCCUUUGAUAAUUUUGAGCUUCAAAGGCAGCAGGUUUGGAUUUGGAAAUUUUCGGUUUGAAAAUUUCUUAAUGCCGUGUUCAAAGUGAUUCUGCGAAAUUCAAAAUAGCCGUCAGAGAAAGAGAAAGAUAACUGAAUUUUGGAGGGUCAGAGACCAUUUCGAAUUUCGUGGAAAUUACUAUGAACACGGCAUAAAUGUGGAAAAUUUUUAUGAUUGACUUCAAAGUUGUGAUACAAUCAAUUUACGUAAAACUCGAGUUGGAAAAAUAGUAGAGGUUAAUUGUAAAAAAAAUAAAAGAAGAAGAAAAAAAAAGCCGAAGAUCCAAAAUAUAAUCAGAGCAAGGGGCAUUGUAAAAAUAUUUUUAUCACUUGAAUAUUUAUCAUGUUUUAGUUUAUGGUGCUCAGAAAGAACGUUUUGACUUGAUUAUUUUUAACCCUAGAACUCUAAAAUUCGAGCUUCUAGGUUCAAAAUUUGAUGUAUGUGGUAAAUUUUUAAGAAAAAGUAAUUUUUGUUUAAAAAAUCAAGAGUUGAAAACUGGUUUAAGACUUUGAAAAAUAGCUUUUUAUCUUGAAAAGAUUCCAAGAAGUUUGGAGUAAAAACGACUUGGCAAAAUAGACAGUUUUUAGAACAAAUCUCGUUCAGAGUCUAAGUAGAGAAAAGUAUGUACUUGAAGGCCUACAUGGACCGACACGACCAGGCGAUGCAGCGCCGGAUGAUCCAGAAUCAUCAGGAGCAGCAACGUCGCAACAGUCAGCAGGCGAUGGUCAUCGACAAUUUGAACAGCAUGAACACGGCUACUAGGGUAUUAUAUAUGGAAAGAUCAUGGUUCUAAUUGAGUCAGGAGAAAGCUUUUCGUGAAUCUUGUGGAUAAAUUUCGAAAAGAGGGAUUUUUUAAGGUGGUAAGGUUGACGAAUGCUAUGGGAGUCUUACGCCUCAGAAAUUUUUGUAAACGUCUAAUCAUAAUUUUUAAAAAAAUAAGAGUUAGCAAACUUCAGAGGGUAAAUGUUCUUCAAGUUGAAGUGAGCACUUGAAUGACCAACUAUUAGCCGAAAUAAUCUAUUUUUUAUAGUUACGAAAAGAAGCUCAAACGUUAGUAUAUUCGAAAAAAAAAUGGACUUUAUCCAUUUAGGAGGACUUUACCGUCCUUUGAGUGAUUCUUGAGUCUUGAUGCCGUGUAAAAUGUGGUUCUGCGAAAUUCAAUAAUAGCCGUUAGAGGAAGAAAAAGAUAACUAGUUUUUGGAAAGUCAGACAGUUUUACAUUUCGCAGAUAUUUCUGACAUAAUCUUCUUGAGGGUGUUAGUUAACAUAGGAAAAUUUUCAAAAAUCUCAUGGAAAGCCAUGGAAAUUUCAGGAUGAAGUGCUGCGUCGAAUGCUGCAAAUCCACCAGCAGAAGAUGCAGGCCCAGGCCUUCGAGCAGAAGCAGCACGCUGCGACCGACUGGAAAGCGGCUUACGCGCGCGCCGCUCGCCACCGUGCCCAGUGGCCUCACCAGCCACAGCAACAGAACCACUUCUUCCCGAAUCAGCCGCACUUUGGCGCCAAUUUCACCGGCGGCUUCGCCCCGCCCCCAAAAGCCGAGCCUUUGGCGCCGCCACCGGCCGUCGAACCAUUGUUGAUGCCGUCGGACGAUUCGUUCUCGAUUUGGCUCGAGGAUCGUCGUCCGAGUGAUUCGAUUAUGGUUUUUCAAGGAAUCGUCCAGUAAAAAGACUGGUUUUUCAGUCGGGGGUCGCUCAGCUGAACAGCUCGAACUCGUCGGCCGCCAGUCAGAGCGAGGUGUUCUUUGAUGCCAUCGCCAAGGUUUGUGGUGAAGAGGAGGAUUUUUGAAAAUCGGUGUUAUCGAUAAAAGCUACGUUAAGAAAUUUUAACUAUUAUUCAUAUUAGGGACUGAAAAUUAGCGGAUCUAGAGAGGAGUUUGCUUUGGCUUAGGAAUUUAGAGUGAUUUCUAUAGGGGUUAGGGGGAUGAGCAGCCUCUAUGGUCUUUUCCUUAUUUUAUUUUUCAUGGAAUUGCUUUUUCGCAUCUAAUUCAUGAAAUUUGUUGACUAGAAUGCCCCUAUAAGGACUAAUUUUUAAAGUUUUAAGGGGUUUCUAUAAGGGUUAAAGAAGUGGCCCCUAAGGUUUUCCCCGUCUAGAGACCACUCUGGAGCUCCUAAGGAACACGAUUAGAUAUCUAUUGAUCCUGGUUUGAUUCUAUAAACGCUGAGCGGCGAUCAAAAUUUUGACGUUUUUUUUUUCUCUUUGAACGCUCCAUUUUUCACAAGUUCUCGCUAGAUAUCUAAAUAUCCUGGCUCGGAGUUCCAGAUUUAGCCUCAUCAGUUGAUUGAAACAAUCAAUCUUCAAUUUUUUUGUUUUUAUAUCGUUUCUUGGUCCUGUAGACUUGAGAGAAUUUCAUAUGAAAGCAAAAACCGAAGAUUCAUUUACAAGAACAGGAGGUAGAGGGUCGCCAAUCAACAGAAUUAGCCGGAAAAUAUAAGAUUUUAGAAUCCCUUUUUGAAAUUAUUUUCAAAUAAGGAGGUCUGAAAACCAAACUUUAGGCCACUACUAACGGACAGAACUGCGGUAAUUGUGUGACUCCGGUCCCGACGGACUUUUUUGGUUUGUUUGAUGUUUUUCAACCGAAAUAGCUGUUAUUUUAAGAAGGCGCUGCUGCCAACUUGCCCCCGUGGAACCUUCCCGAGAAAAUGUUCAUGAUGGCUCACGAAUCGGAAUUUUUCGCCGAUUCUAUUCUGGACCGCAACGCAAACUUCAAGUGCGACAAUGCUCUUGAAGAGGUUUGGAGCUCAUUUUCGGAAGAGGAAAACUUAUUUUCGUAAUUAAAAAAGGAACGGGAAAGUUAACUUUCUGAUCUGAUUGUUUGUGAGAGUUUUUAGAAGGUUUUGUGUGUAGAAAACAUUAGAAUUUUGGAAUUUUUUGAAAAGAAAAAUGGAAAAAUUGUCCUUUCAGAUGAUCUCGUCGGCCGAUUGCGACGCCAAGUCGGACCUCUUCACCUUUGAUAACAUUGGAGAUGUAUUUUCCACAUUAUAAACAGAAAACUCUAAAUUGCUGACUUUUAGGUGGACCUUGAUCAGACUUUGAAGUCUCAGGAUGAAGAUGAGAAGCCCGAGGUCGCCAAAUUGGCCAAAAUUUUCCAGGAGAAGGUCGAUGUCGAAGACGUGAGUUUGAGGAAGAGAAAAAUGAGCAUACAUUUGGUAUUUAUUUGACAAAAAGAGUUUAGAGAGCGGAAAAGAAGGCCAAAAGAAAGUUCUUAGUACGUUGAAAGGCUUGAUGAUUUAGAGGGCUAAAAUAGGCUUUUAUUACUGAAUCGAGAAUUCGAGAACAGUUGUAGCGUGAAAUCGAACCUACAGAGUCAAGUUUGAAGCUGUCAGAGGCUAAAAUUCAGCCUAUUGCCUAGGUGAGCGUUCUGCUCCUAAUUGUGUGCUUUAGUACCGAAAAUGAUCAAAAUAAUCAUCGUAAUGAUCAUUCUCUGGACAAAAAAAGGGAUCAAAACUUAUGUUCUGUUACGCUCGAACGUCUUCAAGGCCUGAAACAGACCCCCUUUUAUCAAUGGAGCAAAAACGCAGCUUUUCUUUGCAGAACUACCUGCGCAACUGCUCUCCGUCGGAAGACUGCAUGUUCGCCGGCGUCGGCGUCAUCUGCCCCCUGGGCGAAGCUUGUCGCUCUUGCAACUUCGCGCCCAAGAAGACGUCCUCCGGCUCCACCUCGUCCAUUUCUUCGACUGAUUCCGCCCACCACAAUGCAUUCAAUCCCAUCAGUCAAGCCUUUUAG